UGAUUGGCAUCUAGACUCUGAACCAUAUUGUUCCAGUAUGCAGCGCCUCGAGGCGUCUGAGCUGUAUGGGCAUGCGUUAAUACGCAUUACCCUGCACGAGAGUAUAUUAGCUCUUCCUGCACUCAAGCUAACACUACUAUCAACAUCAUAUUUUCCUCUUGAGUCAUCUGCUGCAGUUCGAUUUGAUCGACAUAUCUACCAUUAUGAAUCUCAAGAGACGUGGAGAAGAGUCUCAAAGCGAACCUGUGUCAGGCAAUGUGGCUUUCAAAGCGGAUGAUGGGGUUCCAAAUAUUGUGAUAUUUGGAAUGACGGGCUCAGGAAAGAGCUCCAUUAUCAACAUACUCUUAGAACGAGAAGAAGCACCCGCGUCAAACGAUGCAAUGGGUUGCACAGCCACGACCGACAAUUACGAUUUCUCAAUCGACGAGAGGAAGUAUAGAAUAUGGGAUACUCCUGGGCUUAACGAAGGCUCCGAGGGACUCGUCCCUGCAAAAGUGGCCCUCAAAAACCUGAAGUCUUUCGUCAAAGAACUCAUGCGCGACACAAAUCGUACUCCUCUUUUCAUCCUUUGCAUCGAAGGAUCGCAGGACGUGAAAGCCCAGCUGCGCCAUUACGAUAGUCUCAAAUCUACCAUUGGCGCUGCUCCAUUUUCCAUCGUAGUCACGGGUAUGGACAGGUGCUCGUCAAGCCCUUGGAGCAAGUGGUGGGGCGAGCACCGGAAUGUCCUGCAAUCGUUCGGUGUGGCUAGCGUAGACCAUGCAUGCGUUUGUACGCUGUUGGAUGGUGAUGAGCCAGCCGGGUCUCGGGAAGAGCUCAUCGACCUCAUCAGGAGAGCUACUCUCCGCCCAUCUAUGCCUGCAGGAAUCCAGCGCGAUAAUGAGGAAAUCCAUGUACGCCGCGACACAGACCCACUUAUCCCCAGAGGGCAACCCAGCUCAAGUCUUAGCGAAGGAGGGUCUGAACAGACAUUCUUCGACUGGAAAGGGCUUUUUAUCUGGAAUCGACCAUGGACAAGGCGCAGAAUAGUAACUUGCGUUUACCUGGUCGCCAUCAUUGUCUUGGUUUCCCUUUUUGUGUUCUUCCAUCAUCAGAUAGUGCGCGCUUUGCAGCCUGCAGUGGAGCGGAUUCAUGACUUAAAAUUCGGAUGGCUCAUCCCAAUUGCGAUGUUCUUUGUGAUGUCAUUCCCUCCGUUGUUUGGUCACGAAAUAUUGGCCAUCCUCUGCGGGGUUGUUUGGGGCGCUAAGGUUGGCUUCGCCAUCACCGCAGCCGGCACUUUCAUAGGUGAAGUCGCCAACUUCUAUACUUUCAAACAUUUUUGCCAAGCUCGCGGAGAUAAGUUGCAGAGAGACAGCAUCACAUAUGCCGCUCUGUGCAAGGUGGUUCGUGAACGCGGUUUCAAAAUCGCGUUAGUCGCGCGCUACAGCGCUGUUCCAGGGCAUUUGACAACAGCCAUAUUCGCAGUGUGCGGAAUGGAAAUCUUUACGUUCAUGCUGGCAGCUGUGCUCUCUCUUCCGAAACAAUUCGUUACUGUCUACAUGGGUGUGAUGCUUGAAAGCGACCCAAACUCACCUGGUGCUUCCACUAGCAGGAUUAUUGGUGAUGUCAUUGGUGCUAUCACACUUCUGGUGACUGUCGUUGCAAUGUGGUAUAUCAACAAGGAAGUGAGCAAAGUGAAGCCACGAGUCAUACAGGAGCGUCAAAAGUCCCGAUACCAUGAAGACGACGCCUCGCGAGAGGAUUCCUCCGCCCUCGACGAUAUGUCCGAUGAUGCUCAUGACGACAUGUCGUGUGAAACCCUCAAUAAUGAAAGUCAUCCUGAAGAUGCACGCGGCCAUGCGGGCUCCAUCCGUACCCCUACGCUUCCAUACAUGCCGGAUACCGAAGAAGGUCAAAGAUAUAGGUUAAACGCCCUCCCUGAUGAUCCGUUUCACGGUCCUGUCGACGCCACGAUUGGUUCUGAGACCAUGACAUUAAGUGUCACGCGAGCAUCGUCCCGGUCUUCUGCGGCUCGGACUGGAGGGCCGUCUGCCGGGCAAUACUACACUGCUGCACAAUCGAUUAAGCGGGCGCUUCCGUUGACGAUUUCCCCAACACACGCUGUUAUACAGCAAUCAGCCUUAGCGAUCACGUUUCUGAUAUUCUAUUUCAAAUGUGGAGUGUGUGGCCACCGCGUGUGUGUAUGUACUUACUACAAGUUUACUAGCUCAAUUUUCAUUCAUAAGUUACUGUCUGAUGACGUCGCCGCAACAUGGUAGUGUUUCUGAGUCACAAAUUUUGUAUUGAAUUUCGAAGGAAGAUGUGUUAUGCGAGAGCAGGUUCCCGAGGCUUCACUCACGGGAACUGCCAUUGUUGGCGUUAUAGCUUUAUACGCACAAAGACUUCUGAUGCACCUCUGAUGGAUUUGGUUGAACUAGUAGUUUCUCUCCCGGAACCCGAGGCUUCUGCACCCCCGGUACCAGACGGUCGGUACCUUGCUCUCCACCGUGACUGUACGUAAGUAUCAGUCUUAGUUAGAAAGUUAAUAGAGACAGU